UGAACGAAUGUCUGAAACUGAAUAAAGGGCACAUCUAUGCGAUUGUGGGAAAGGCUAGACUGCUCAGCGAAAGGACAUCUGAGGGGGACGAUGUACAGCAAAUUGUUGAACAAUUUGAAGAACUACUUCUCCUUUCGAAGGAUUUGGUGCCAGAAAACAAGCUGGACCUUUACUACCACUUAACAUAUUUUCUGGAGAAACAUAACACAGAAUCGAAAAAUUACUCAAGGAAAGACCUCUGGCACACAGUGAUGGACAUCGCUUCUUCUCCAUCUUUUGAGAAACAGGACGAGACCACAGGCAAAUGGCAAGUAACGAAAAAGGCUGAAUACAAGAAGAAACGGGCGUAUGAGGAAUUAAAAAAAGAAUACACUGCCCAUCCUGAAGACCUACCCCUAGACAAGAAGCUCGAACUUUGCUACUUAAAAUUCCAGAAUUUGGAAUUCAAAGAGGUUCAAGACAUGUUGGGCGAAAUGGAGGAGGACAAUUUCAAAAUACCCCAUCUCCUUGCAGAAACAAAUUGGAAGUUGGGUUUGGAAAAGGAAAAGGAAAUGGAAGCCGAAACACAGAAAUGUGAACCGACUAAAGCAACACCUUAUUUCGAAGAGGCUCGUAAAAACAUGUAUCUCGCAAUACAAAAGGGUCUGACGAAUAUGGGAGGUCGAAAGAUUUUGGCUGACAUUGCUCUUUCUAUCGCACGUAACCAAUUCCACUUAGUUGACUCUCAACAGCCAGAGCCAACUCGUGCUCCCGUACCACUUGAGUCUCCAUGCAUCAAGUCCUACAGGGAGGCUGUCAGAUGUGGAAGUGUCGUUGCCAGUUUAGAGCUUCUUAGACUAGUGAGUCCUCAGCUCAAAACGACCACUUCAAGGUCUCAUUUCCUCAUGAUUCUUGCAGAGAUAGACCUCUGCUGCUCCCAGGACCCAAGUGUUCACCUUCAUCAGGAUGUAAAACCUCUUCCCCUAGAAGAUGACCAACUAAAAGAUCUGUCGACAGUGGACUGUGAGGAGAUGCGGAAUCACAUCGAUAACCUAAUACAAGAGGGCUCAUAUUUCACUCCAGCAUGGGAAGAGUAUUUCAACAUGGAGAGACGAUUUCUUGAAGAGAGGCUCACAAACAACGACAAGAAGGUGGAGCUUGACGGCAGGGAAGAAGAAGCCGACUCAACCCAAUUGGCGUCCAAAAAAACACGUUCCGCUGGGAUCAAAUGCUGUUCGCAAAUCCGACCUCUGUUGGACCACAUCAUCGUCGAAUUUCGGGAAAAACAGUUGGGAAUCGAAGAUCAAAGGAUGAAGCUUUAUUUCCCGCUGAUUUGUGAAUCAAGAGAUUACCAAAAUGACAACGAACGCAGGGAGGAAACAACCAAAUCUCUUCGUAAAGUGCUGCAGGAUUACUUCGAAAUCGACAUGGCGAACCAUUAUCCGAAGCUCUUUAAAAAUGUUUUGGAGGUACAACCGAGUUACGAUUCCCAAAAUGACUUCCUUCGAUCAUUGUUCGACGUGGUGAAUAACUACAAGCACGAAACUUUUAACCAGGACAAAUUACUUAAAGACAUCGAUGAUCCAGUGAAGUUUUUUCGUCAAUGUAUGGAUAAAGUCGAGGAGAUCUGGAUCUUUUUCUCAGACGCCAUGAGGGAAACCAGAGAUCUAAAGGAAAAGGUGAAGCAACUUGAAGAUGAUAUCAGACGUGGCAAGUACGAGAAAGCUGAUGAGCUGCUUGAAGUGCUGUCAAACAACGAAGACUUCGUCGUCCGGAUUGGAAGUACUUGGGAGUUACUGAAGAAGAUGGCCUUGAUUCGUCGGAGCAUACAACAGCAGACUGUUGAUGAUGCGGAGAGUAAACUGGUAGAUGGAGAAUUUGGUUUCAGCCACGAUCUUCGAAGAUGUCAUCUUACAGUCGAAUUGUUGAAGACCGACCCUGGAGCCAGCUCCACGGAGCUUCACGAGAAGUGCAGAGACACCUGUAGAGAAGCUACCAAUAUGUUAGCGUUGGUACUGUCGAAAAAGAAGCCGCAUGGUGGACAAUCAGCCACACAGCAGCCGAUGCCUGCAGUGACUUUCCCAUUUUGUGACCUGCAUCCCGGGGUCGAUCGUGUUGAUCAGUGGAAGGGAAAGGUCAAGAAACACCUGAACAAGGAGCUAAACAAAAUGGGAAUCCCUGGCUCUGUGAAAGACAACAAAGAGUUAUUGGAGACGAUCAUGCAGGCUCAGCCGUGCACAGAUGAGGAGAACUACCAGUUUAUGGCAGUGGAGCAAUUUCUUAAACAGUGCGAUGAAGGUGGCGCCAUCCCGGACACAGUGUCCAUAAAACCAAACAACCAGGAAGAAAAGACCUUCCAGGUUUUAGAUCUGACUCGCUGGAUCACAGACAACGCCGAGAAAAUUGCCAUCAAUAUUGAUACACUAAAAAAGGUUGCAGGCCAGUAAAUAAGCCCCAAAUAUACCUUAUGCGUUAAUAAGGCGGAGUUAGAGGGCAAUGGUUUUGAAUUGUCUGAAAAGGCGUGAGUAACCCUUUUGUACAUUCAUUGUCACGAGAUUAAAAUAACAAAGAAUACGCGGAGAUGCCUGUAACCCAUAAGGUAUAUUCCACUCGCAGAACAAAUCAUGAUUUGUAUACUGUAGAGUUCUCUCGUAUAAUAAGGGUAUUGUGACCCUUUAUUUGAGGGUUUGUGAAGAUGUAUUUCUGAGAAAUCUUGGGUGAAAUUAGACCUGAAAGUCGUUCAAUUUUGCAAUCGAGUGGAUGUACCAGUUUUUUGUGAAUGACGAUCGACUUCAGGACUGCAUUAACGGACCAUAACCUUUGGAGGGAAGACAAAUUACACAAAAGUCAUAAAUUAACACUCCAAAACUAGA